CUUAUUAAGACGUCCUUGUUAACAGGACAAACAGGAAGUGUCUAAGGUUUGGGAGAGUAGUUGAAAAGUAUUGUAGCUAAUGUCAAAGAUUACCUUUACGGUGCGGUCGAGGACUUGCCGAGUAAAUUGCAUUUGUUGUAACGAGGUGGUCUAUAUAAAUACACGUCAACCAUUGUUCCUUAUAAUUACAGUCGGAUACAUGUAGCCAGCCAGCAAUUUACGCGACAAGCUCAGACGUCACAGAGACUACAAAGGGGUUGAUUGACUGCGUGAUGAUGUGUGCAACAGCCCUUUCUUCUUACUAGCUCAUUAUCUUAGGAGUGGUUUAGAGUGAUAGAGUAGCAAGCACCUGGUUGUAAGGUAUUCACGACGUGGAGUGACGAUGACAUUACAAGUGGGUUGCCUAUCAUUCAAGCAGCCAUAUGCAGGAUUAGUACUGGACGGUGUAAAGAGUAUUGAGACACGUUGGUGCCCUCUGUUGUCCACAAUGGAAAACUGCACUCUAGCUAUUCAUAUUGCGCAGAAGGACUGGGAGGUCGACCAGUGGAGAGACAUCCUCACCCAUACACUGGGAAUGAGCCACAUGCAAAUAGAGGAACUUCUGGCAUCCGGAGACAGAUUUGGCCGUGGAGUCGUGGCAGGCUUGGUGGAGGUGGGGGAGACCUGGUGCUGCUCUGACAAUGUGCCAGAGGAGGAUCUGAGGAAGCUGGAGAAGGCAGCAGUGCUCACUGGGCUCACAGAGAAGCACCUCACACAGCUGUCAAAUCCACGCUGGCUCAAGCAGCCCCUUUAUGCCAGAGGUCACAAAGACAUAUGGACAGUAGAUAUCCCAGUGCAAUUACUGCCAUCCGUGUAGUUGUUGUAGUAAAAUAAUGUAUACUAAUUUUGUACUGACAGGAUCAUCUAUCAAGUUAGGGAGGCAAUAUAUUUGUAGACUACUCGCAUACGCUUUAAGGUGCAAUAAAUGACCAAUGGACUAAA